AUGAAGACUGCUACAGUUAAGAAGUAUCUCCUUGACCAGUGGUUUCUGGUCGGGGUCAUGAUCGUGAUCUUGAUUGCCUCCCAGGUCCAGGUCCCUGUCAGUCAAGAACAGCGCACCGAAACGGUGGUCUCAUACCUGUGCAUCACCCUCAUCUUCUUUGUGACCGGGUGUACACUGCCCACCAGCGCCCUGGUGCAGAACUACAGCCGGUGGCAGGUGCAUCUCUAUGUGCAGGGGCUGUCCUUCCUGCUGACGUCGGCGCUGACCUUUGCGAUUGUGUUGCUGUGCGCGAUGGACCGGCACUUCAUGGACGACGCCCUGCUUAUCGGUCUCCUUGUUACUGGCUGUGUGCCGACCACCAUCUCCUCCAACGUGGUCAUGACGCGCAGCGCAGCGGGCAACGAGGUGUUGACUGUCGUGGAGUCCACCGUUGGCAACCUCCUCGGCCCCUUUAUCACGCCGCUGCUCAUCCAAAUGUACGUCGCCGGCGGGGGCUGGUAUACCGAUUUCCUCCAGGCGGCCCACCUGGACGACUAUACCGACAUCUACCGGCGCAUCUUCAAGCAGAUCGGCCUGUCUGUUUUCCUUCCUCUGGCAGUCGGCCAAGUCGUGCAGUACUUUUGCCCCCGGAUCCGGCCGCUAUUCCAGGCGUGGCACGUCAACAAGGUCGGCUCGCUCUGUCUGAUUGUCGUGGUCUGGGAAGCCUACGACCAGGCGUUUGGGUCCGGGGCCUUCUCGGGCAUCCGGCCGGACAACAUGGUCUUCGUCGUGUUCAUCUCGAUUGCCAAUUUCCUCCUGUGGCUCACCAUAUCUGUUGCUCUCUCCUCUCUCUGGCUGUCCCGCGAGGAUACGGUUUCCGUCGCAUACUGCGUGCCGGCCAAGUCGCCCGCCAUGGGGAUCCCCUUGGCCAACCUGAUCUUCCGCGAGCUCAGCGCCACGCAGCAGGCGCGCAUCCAGGUGCCGAUCGUCAUAUUCCAAGGACUGCAGAUUGCCAUAGGGAAUAUGCUUGUCCCGUUGUUUCGGCACUGGGUGCACACGAAACAGCGGGAGAGCUCAGGAGGCGAAGGAGGCUUGCCAGAGCGUUCAAAUGAGAAUUCGCCAGAGGAUUCGAAUAAGGGUUCUAGCUGA